AUGGCGGACGCACAUGUCCUAACCCCAGACCAAAUCGCACAACUCCUUUCCGCUCAACAACAAUCCUCCUCCUCCUCCUCCUCCUCUUCCUCCACGCAACAGCAUCGUCUCAAGGCAUCCUUCAAGAAACGCCGUUCUUUCGAACCAUUCUACACUGGUGGAGCAACGGCUCUUACCCCCGAUGGAUCUCUCCUCUUCUCCACUCUCAACGAAGAUGUGGCCGUGGUAGAAGUUUCCUCCGGCAACCUCGUACAACGGAUCGAAGGGGAUACGGAAGAAGUCACCGCUUUAACCGUCACCCCUAGUGGUUCACAUCUCGUCAUUGCAUCUCGCUCGCUAGCACUGCGAGUGUUUGCUUUACCAGAAUGUAGAUUGGUCCGAAGCAUCCCAAAGUCUCACCUGAGUCAGGUGAAUCUAAUGGCCGUCGAUCCAACAGGAACCUUACUGGCAACCGGUGGGUCGGAUGGAGUGGCGAAAGUGUGGGAUAUUGAACGAGGUUACUGUACGCAUGCCUUUAAGGGUCAUGCUGGAGUCGUUUCUGCUCUUGCUUGGAACCUCGCUCCUGCUUCCACUUGCUCAAUUACCAAUGGUGCAGGUGUGGGUGAGAAAGGCAAGAAACCCAAGUCCAAGAAUAAAUCAAAUCGCUCCAAUCCCGAAAGCAAGAUGGAGCUGCUAACAGGUUCGGUAGACGGAAAACUUAGGAUCUGGGAUCUUAACAAUCCGGCUCAACUUGAUAAACCGAUAGCUACACUUGCUCGGCAUGAUUCGGUCGUGAGAGGAAUUUCUGUUUCGACGGAUGGGAUGACGUUGGUUAGUGGUUCGAGAGAUCGUACUGUUGUUGUAUGGCGUCUCGAUCCGGGCAAGCAAGGUGGUGGGACGGGGUGGAAACAGGUAGAAACCUUGUCUGCUGAUGAAGGGAUUGAGUCCGUCGGCUUUCUUCCUCCCACCUCCAACUUGUCUCAGAGCGUGUUUUGGACAGGUGGAUCAAACGGUCAGAUCCGCCUGUGGGACGUAACUUCAUCCAGCAUUAUUGCCAGGGAACCAGAAUCUUUCAACGACCGUCUCGCACAGCAAGCUCGUAUUGCACGCCAACCACCAUCCGGUCGCUCUGAGUCGGAUGCCGAUCAAGAAGAGACUCGGGCUAUCACUACGGUUCACUACAUCAACCGAGAAGGAGAGCGCCAGGCGAGUUUGGUUAGCAUCCAUGCCGAUCAAAACAUCGUCGUGCGUAGUCUAGCAAAAGGAGAUUUGUUGAGAAAGGAAAGGCAACUGAUCGGGUUUAACGACGAAAUCGUCGAUCUUUCCCUCCUCUCCUCUGCAGGCGUGGAUGAGGUGGUGAGCAAGGAGACGCAUUUGGCGGUAGCAACCAACUCUCGCGCACUUCGGAUCUACACUUUCAACGAAAGCAAAGACGAAACUACAGCGGAGCUUCUCGCUGGUCAUACAGACAUUGUGCUCUGCUUAGAUACUUGUCCGGAUAUGCGAUUGCUGGCUUCUGGUGCGAAAGAUAGGAGUGUAAGGAUUUGGGCUUUUGUUCCUGCUUGUCGCCUCUCGAAGCUAUCCUGUUUUGAUCAUGCAUCUGCUGAUGAGGUGGGUAGCAAGCUUUCUCGCAAAUCUACAACCCAUGUAGAGGAUGGUGAGCAAGGCGGGGAAUGGGUCUGCGUAGCAAUUUGUUCGGGACACGCAGAAUCCGUUGGAGCUCUUUCUUUCGCUCCUCGUCCUACUUCCCCUGGAGCAGCCUAUGCACCUUUCAUCGCAACCGCUUCUCAAGAUCGUACUGUCAAACUUUGGGAUCUUUCCCCUCUCAACGCUCUCCUUUGCUCGGACUCGAUCAUUUCAACGCCUCUCCAGCUCAAGUCGUUGCUUACCCAGCGGGUGCAUGAGAAGGACAUAAACUGUCUAGACAUUUCCCCAAACAACUCUCUCCUCGCUACCGGAUCCCAGGAUCGCACAGCCAAGAUCUUUGCCCUCUCCUUUACACCCGCUAAGCCGAAAUCUCGCAGGCCUGCCUCCGCUCGUCUAAGUAACCUGGCGACGCUCAAGGGCCACAAGCGUGGAAUCUGGGCGCUUCGUUUCUCCCCCGUAGACCUAGCUCUCGCCACGGCAUCAGGGGAUAAAACCGUGCGUCUUUGGUCCCUUAAGACGUUCACUUGCGUCAAACUCUUCGAAGGGCAUACGAAUUCCGUCCUAAAACUAUCCUUCCUUUCCCACGGUAUGCAGUUGCUCUCCUGUGCAGCUGACGGCCUGGUGAAGCUCUGGAAUAUUAAACAGGAGCAAUGUGAGAGUACCAUUGACGCACACGACGAUAAGGUUUGGAGUAUUGCCCUUGGGAAGAGCGAAGCAUGGUUCAUCAGUGCUGCGGGAGAUGGAAGUAUGAAGUUGUGGCAAGAUACGACGCAAGAGGAAAAGGAAGACGAGAGGAAGCGGAGAGAGCAAGAGGUCAGGUUGGAGCACGAGUUCGGCAACAUGUUGCAGAAGAGAGAUUGGAGGAAUGCGAUCGAGGUAGCCUUGCGGAUCGGCCAACCGAGGAGACUUUUGGGCUUGUUUAGUUAUGUUAGUGCCAAUAGACCUGAAGCUGUUGCACAGAGCAGGAAUGCGGUUCUUGCUUCCGCCCUGGAGGGGGAGUCGGAUGAUGAAGAUUUGGUGGGGCUAGAGGAGGAUGGAUUCGAGCCUGCGGGAAUCAAGUCCCGCAGAGGAGGAAAGAAGGGUGUUGCCAAAGUCAACCGAGUGAAUGCAACUGGGGAGAACUCUGCAGAUGCAUCUUCCAUCACCGGUCUAGCCAGCGUCGAUGCCAUCAUCGCCACUCUUCCCGCACCUCAUCUCAUCCAACUUGUUACCUACAUCCGAGAUUGGAACACCUCGACGCGCACUUGGCCUAUCGCGCAGUCACUUUUACACUGCAUCCUCUCUCACCACUCAGCCGCCUCGCUGAUAUCCAUCUUUACUCGUUCGCUCAAAACCCACCGAGCGGCAAUCGCGCAGAGGUUCGAGGACCAACAGCUGGGAAUCCUCGCCGCCAAAAGCGACAAAGAAAGGGCAAGGGAAACAAGGCUAGAGAGGGAAAGGAAUGUUGAUCUCGGAACACUAGUCGAAGGUCUGCUGGGAUAUACAGAGCGACAUUAUUCAAGGGUCGAUAGGUUGGCGGUCGAGGCUAGUAUGUUGGAGUAUAGCCUGAAGGCUAUGGAUACUUUGCUUGGUUUGGGAGAGCAUGGUGAGGCGGAAGAAGAGGAGGAGGGGGUGACGUUUGGAGAACAGCUCAAGAUGGAUAUCGAUAGCGAGGAGGAGGAGGAGGAGGAGGAGGAGGAGGAGGAGGAGGAGGAGGAUCAAGAGAUGUCAGAUGCCUCGGUUCCAUCUUGA